AUGCGGACUUUGCAGCGCACGUUGACCUGCUUGCGCGCUUGCGCCCAACGUGCCUUCGUGGCCAGGUGGCGGCACGGCCUGGAGGGCUCUCCGAUAAGAGCUGCGACUAGCGAAGGACAUGCUGGGCUCGCGAGACGACACCAUUGGAGGACGCUCUCGACGGCGAACACGAUGCGCACGGUUGCUCUUAUUCCGGGGGACGGCAUUGGUCCGGAGAUAUCCGAUGCGGUUAAGAAGGUACUUGCGGCUGCAGGUGUUCCCAUUCAGUGGGAAGAGUAUCCCAUUAGCACGAAGAACGUGGUUCCAGGUCAAGAUCUCAUUCCGAGCAAUGUUCUGGAUUCCAUCCGCCGCCUCGGCUACGGCAUCAAGGGGCCGCUGGAGACGCCCAUCGGCAAGGGUCACAAAUCCCUGAACUUGACGCUGCGUCAGGCGCUCGGCCUCUAUGCGAACGUUCGCCCCUGUCGCACAAUCCCGGGCAUCCAAACGAAAUUCCCAGCCGUUGAUGUUGUGAUUAUUCGCGAGAACACAGAGGGCGAGUACGUUGGCCUUGAGCACGAGGUGGUGCCCGGCGUCGUGGAAUCUCUGAAAGUUAUCACGCGUGUUGCGAGUGAACGCGUUGCCCGUUUCGCGUUCGAGUUCGCUCGCCAGAACAAACGUCGUCGCGUUACGGCGAUCCACAAAGCAUCGGUUCUGAAGCUAAGCGACGGCAUGUUCUUGGAUUGCUGCCGACGCAUUGCAGCCGAAUACCCGGAUAUCGAGUUCAAAGAAGCAUUGAUUGAGCUCUGUUCCGGGUACUUGAUCAGCCAGCCAGAACGCUACGACGUCCUCGUCUUGACCAAUCUUGCGGGUGACAUCAUCAGCGAUCUGGCUGCGGGACUCGUAGGUGGCCUUGGGCUGACGGCAUCCCUGAACAAGGGCGAGCACACCGUUUUGGCAGAGGCCGUGCACGGAACAGCGCCGGACAUUGCGGGAAAGGACCUUGCGAAUCCGACCGCCUUGCUGCUUUCAGCCGUUCUUCUGCUCCGUGACAUGGGAUUGCAGGAACACGCGAAUCGUAUUGAGCAUGCUAUUUACACGGUCCUGCGCGAGGGUCAGGUACGUACGCGUGAUCUGGGAGGCAAGGCUUUGUGCUCCGAGUACACGCAAGCCAUUAUCAGUAAGCUCUAG